GUAACCUAGUGGUUACAGCGUUGGACUAGUAACCGGAAGGUUGCAAGUUCAAACCCCCGAGCUGACAAGGUACAAAUCUGUCGUUCUGCCCCUGAACAGGCAGUUAACCCACCAUUCCUAGGCCGUCAUUGAAAAUAAGAACUUGUUCUUAACUGACUUGCCUAGUUAAAUAAAGGUAAAAAAAUAUAUAUCGGUCUGUUGAUUUAACCAAACAGUUCAUCGUACAGCUCUGCUCUGUAGCCUCUGCCUAAAUCGGUUCAUUGUAAACAAAGUGACAUGUUGGUUAAUGGUUACAUGAUGCAGAUUCUUGAGUAUUUGAAUACAUUAUAUAUUUGGCAUCAAACCUUGUGUUUGUCAUCUGCCAGAAUAUGCCAUGUCUUCAAGCUUGAUUGUACAGUACUUUCCCAUUGGUCGCUGUGCUGACUGAACUGGAGUGUGUACCUCGUACAUUUUUCAAUCACCCACAUGAGAACAGUAUGUCCCACAAACCAAUUAGUAGAUGGGAGAGGCAGGACUUGCAGCUCAACAAGCAUCUAAAAUAGAACCAAAGUUAAUGGAUAUACUUACAAGAUACACGUCGCUCCGCCCUAACAAUGGGAGUCGUUGUCCACAGUGUCAGGGCGGGCUGUCUAGCCGCCUAUCCUUUCUCUGGAUUGGUGCAUACAUCUCCUUAUUGUAAUCAUCAUUUGAACAUUCGAUGAGGGUUGGUGACGACAACCGUCUGUCUUCAAUGGAGAGAGACACUAGAAGUUGUCCUACUUAUAUUAGUAAACUCGUAACGACUUAAGCAUUACGAAACUUCUAUUGGCUUAAAACAACCUCAAGUAGCAAAUAUUAUUUUUUGGAAUGAACAAAUUUGACACUCAUUGACCUCCAUACAAAAAGUCCUUGCUUUUAGUGGGCGAAACAACGCCACCUGCUGGAUGGAGACAUGUUUUCCGCCGAAUUGCGCCUCUCUUCCUCAGUGAUAGAACAAGUUGUACUUUAGCGUCUGUCAAUACGGACCACGUUGAAGCUCGCUAGCAGUUUGGAUGAAAUGAGUGAAUAACAUGUACGUGUAAAUUAGUAAUGGGAAGUUCGGCUCUUUUUAAUAACUCAUCUGUUCGACUCGUUCAGUAAAAAUAACGAAUAUUCUGACUGACUCAUUUCGUUCAUUUUGAGUCAUUAAUGUCAAAAGCAUGCAGACUUGUAUGUUUUUGGUUCUACAAAGCUGUGUCCAUAAAAAGCAUGCAGAUACUGUAUGUUUUUGGUUCUACAAAGCUGUGUCCAUAAUUUAUUAUUGCACCAUGCGAUCAAUUACCAGUUCUAAACAUGUAUUUUUCUUCUCUAUGAUAUUAUUGCUGUCUGCAGUGCAACUUGAUCUAUUGUACGGAUGUUUUUUCGGAGCAAGUCUCUGGAGCCAUGGGCCAGAGAGCGUAUUAAAUCUUGCUGUAUAGUCACUGCGGUCAGCAGGUCAGACGAACGACAAAAUGAACGAGUCACUCAGGAAAAAAAUUAUUCAUGACUCUCGAUUUAGUAAAAGGAGUCGUUCAAAAAUACAAAAUCUUUCGCGAACAGCACAUCACUAGCGUACAUUUCUGUUUGCAACGCUCCGGCACGCAACGCGGUUUGGUCCACAGGUGCAGAGCGCUUGAUUUGCCCGUUUUGACUACCUGUUUAAGAGCGUAGUCAAAACUACAAAUGUCUGAGUAUUCCAUGCAAAACAAAUAACACCUUUAGCUCUAUCAGUUACAUUAUCUACAUGAUCUAUUAAUCCCCAGUUUACAAUUGGCUCAUUCAUCCCCCUCCUCUCCCCUGUAACUCUCCAAUUUACCCGGUAAAAUAACGAAUAAAUAAAAAAUCAAACAAAUUAUCAGCAUUUGCCGAUGUAACGUUACUGUUGGCGGAUAAUGUGUUCACUUUACAAGCUACCGGUAGAAACGUUGUACAGUUGGCUUAACAGUGGUAAGUAGACCUAAUGCACUUUUUCUACAAUCAACGUAGGCCUACCUAGCGAAGUUAGCUAACGUUUUCCCCCUUUCAACAUGGAUUAACAUUGAUUUUAGUAGCAUUUAAGAAUUGCUGCAGACAUACAUGAUUGGCUACAUUGACUGAUUGACCACGUCUAAUUUGCUUGAUAGUUAGCUAGCUAAUAAUAGAUCACGUUAAUAUGGCUAGUUAACAAGAUAACUUUCAGGGUAUAAACUAGAUGGCUAUAUCCAGAUAUUGUUUGAUUUGCUUUCCAUAUACUGUAGUGGUGAUGACAGUAGUCCGACUGACAACUUUACCAGGAGGACUUACCAAUGUCAAGCUCUUUCUGAAAGUCUAAUAUCCGAUGAAGCAAGAUGAAUUACACAUAUUGUUUGCUUAGCGUUACAUGACAAAUGGAAAAAUGAUCAGUUGAAGUUUACAUAUCAUGAAAAGCAUGCAGUUAUUUACUGUAUAACUCAGAUGAUAGAGCUAAAUGUGGAAUCAUCAGAAAUAUCUAGUUCUGACUAUGUUCUUCAACGUGAUAAUAUUAAAACCAAAUGGUUCUAAACAUUUAUUUAACAAUCCUUUGAAAAGGGCACUGUAGUUUAGCGGACCUGGGGGUUUCCUUGCUCCCCAGCAGCCAAGUUGACCUGCUAUAAAUACACACUCCGACGUCAUCGGCGCAGUUUUCCUCUUGUGCGCUCAUGACAAGUUUCGAACGUGAAUACGAGAUUGCUGCCUAGAUACCUGUAGUCGGUUGACCAGAACGGACUUAUCAGACUAAGGGUAAAUAGUGGAGAAAGUAACGGAAAUACUAUCGAAAAGGUAUCCGAAGGCAGUUAUUUAUCCUUAAAUGCUUUUAUUUUUGUAAAGUUAGUGUAACCAUGCACUGUUUGAAAAUAUUACGGGUGACCAACGCAGCAGCUGUUGAAACUUUGAAAGACACGACUAAAAUAGUUUUUAAAAAGGUUUGUUACAACGUUUUAUUACCGUGUUGUCGUCGUAAUGUUAAAGUUCAACCGGCACAAUAUUUCAACACAAGCUCAACAGAUCAGCACCGCAUCGGAACAACCUCAGACAUGGACCACGUGCUUUCCAAACUGAGCAGUGGGAAGGGUCUCUUCUCAGAGGUAGAAGAUAUGCUGUUCUACACCAUCACAGAGGGUCAGAAACAAGUCCCCGUCUCACACUUUAUCUCUGCCCUCAAGAGGACUGGUCUUAUUGUAUCCGACCCGCGACUGAAGGACUGUAUGGACAAGCUGCAACGCUCCGUAUCGGAAUCCUGUCAUGACGUCAUGAUGGACCGGGAACUCUUCCGCAAGUGUGUAGGUGGGAACAUAGUGCUUCUGAUCCAGGCCUUCAGAAAGAAGUUCAUCAUCCCUGAGUUUGAAUCCUUCGUUUCAAAAAUAGAUCAAAUCUACAACACCGUUCAGAAAAACCACAACGGACAUGUAGCAGUCUACAUUCCUCACCUGGCCAAGUUCAGUCCUGAUCUCUGGGGUGUGUCCCUGUGUACAGUGGAUGGACAGAGACACUCAGUAGGGGACACUAAGCAGCCCUUCUGUCUCCAGUCGUGUGUGAAGCCACUGGAGUAUGCUGUGGCCAUCCACGAGGCUGGGACAGAGAAGGUACACCGCUAUGUGGGGAUGGAGCCCAGCGGACUCAAAUUCAACAAGCUCUACCUGGAUGAGGAAGACAAACCCCACAACCCCAUGGUGAAUGCUGGAGCCAUUGUGAUUAGCUCUCUUAUCAAGCCCGGUUCAAAUAAGGCAGAGAAGUUUGACUAUAUGAUGGAGUUCAUUAAGAAGAUGGCCGGUCGAGAGUACGUGGGGUUCAGCAAUGCCACGUUCCAGUCGGAAAAAGAAACGGGCGACAGAAAUUUUGCAAUUGGGUACUACCUCAAAGAGAAGAAGUGUUUUCCCACUGGGGCAGAAAUGAUUGACGCGCUGGACUUCUAUUUCCAGCUGUGUUCCAUAGAGGUGACUUGUGAGUCUGGAAGUGUCAUGGCGGCAACGCUGGCCCACGGGGGGAUCUGCCCAAUCACCGGCGAGCGCGUCCUGAGUGCCGAGGCUGUAAGGAACACCCUGAGUCUAAUGCACUCUUGCGGCAUGUACGACUUCUCUGGACAGAUGGCCUUCCAUGUGGGCUUGCCUGCUAAGUCUGGGGUGUCAGGAGCAGUUCUGUUGGUGGUUCCUAACGUCAUGGGAGUCAUGUGUUGGUCUCCUCCGUUAGACAGAGUUGGAAACAGUGUCAGAGGAAUACACUUCUGCCAGGAGCUGGUGUCUUUGUUUAACUUCCACAACUAUGACAACCUGAGACACUUGGUCAAGAAGCAGGAUCCUCGAAGGCAGGACGGGGAUGAUAGGAACAAGUCUGUGGUGAGCCUGAUGUUUGCAGCCUACAGUGGAGAUGUGUCAGCCCUCAGAAGGUUUGCUCUGUCAUUGAUGGACAUGGAGCUGAAGGACUAUGACUCUAGGACCGCCCUACACGUGGCUGCUGGUGAGGGCCAUGUGGAUGUGGUACGGUUCCUAACAGACGCCUGCAAAGUGAACCCCUUUGUGAAAGACCGGUGGGGCAACAUUCCCCUGGAUGAUGCCCUGCAGUUUGGCCACGGUGCCGUGGUGAAGGUCCUACAGGAGUACCAGGUGGCCUGCCAGGAACAGGAGAGACUCCCAGUGGCUGAUACCAUACCCAUAGCCCCCAAACUAGAGACUGUAGAAGGCAUGGUGUGAUCAUGGGCCGUAUGUGUCAAGUGUCUCCCAUUAGGAGUGCUGAUCUAAGAUCCAUUUUUGCGGAAUGAAACAGAUUAUUAUAGACAGUGAUUCUAGAUCAACACCCCACCUUGAUAAAUGGGCCCAGGACCAUCAGGAUCUAUUAUUUAGGCCCCAAACAGAAGAAAACAGAUUGAAAUAUGGAGAGACUUCCUCAAGUUGUCCAAUAAAAAAAAAACAUUAAUUUUCAUUUCUGUUGCAAAUAAGCUUGUGUCCCAAGUGGCAUUCUAUUUCCUAUAGACCUUUAGUGCACUACUUUUGGUUAGUAGUGUGUGUAGUGAAUAGGGUGCUAUUUGGGAUGCUACCCUAAUGUUAUUCCUCCCAUCAGGACUUUCUCUGGGUACAUCCCAAUAAUGUCUGCUUUCUCCUGAAGUGUUCACUACUUCCCACAAAUCUAAAAUAGUUUAAUUAAUUAUACCAGUCAUUACCUUUAAUAUUGGUGAAGGGAAGUUAACAAGUGCACACUUUGAGAGGAAGGAGAGAUAAUUGGGACAGAGUCCCCUAUCUUGUAUGCAAUAUUUACUCCUCUCAUUCAGUCAGAGAUAAGACUUGUAACAAUAAUUGUUGGGCUGCAUUCCGAUACAUAUACUGAUUCUAACUAUUAUGAACUUAGCAGAGUUCAUUUUGUCAACAAUAACGAAAAAUAUUCGGCAACAACUUAUUUUUCCUGACUAAAACUAUGACUAUAAGAAGACGAGAUGCGCAGGGGAGAAAAAAAAAACACAACGUACAAAUAGUUCGUCAUUUUAGUUGACGCUAAAUAUAACAAGAUGAGAAGUUCACCUGAGACUAAUAGUCAUUCAAUUUGACAUGACGCUCCUUCUGAUCUGUUUUGUCCAAUCAGAAGCAUGCAUGCCUUUGAAGCAAUCUGUCUCUCUGACAGAAUGAACGUCUUUCAUGUGCGCAGGCUACUUGAGUUUAUUAAAGCCCUGCCCGCCUUUCCAGCAUACACUGCUCCCGGCGGUCACUUCAAUCGUCUCUCUUUUGAACUGAUGCGCAGGCAGGGAACUUGUAAAUUGUAGCUAACCUCUAUUCUGUUAAGAACCAAUGUUCAAACUGGCCAUUUUUGCUUUGAUCACAUCCAAAGCUAUAUUUUGCCAUUUGCGCUGAUAAUCAUCUGUGUUGUUACUCUCACGUUCCGCAAAUGCGAGUUGCAGUUACUUUUUACCCAAUUGGAAAUACUACUGCUAUUUACUGAAUAUCAGGAGUACAGCCAUAAUUCUGGCAUUGUUGGAAAGCUCAGAUUCUCCCCUUUUUCAAUUGAGUCACAGAAUAUGCACAUGGUGGAAGUUAGGGGUAGCCUAAAUAUAAAUUAUUUAAUGGAAAAUGCCUUGACUAAAAUGACGGUGACUAAAACCAGACAUAAAUUGUCCAGAGUUUAGACUGAUAAUCUUAAACUAAGAAGGACUAAAAUGUGACUAAGAUUAAAAGCCAUUUUAGUCAAAAGACAAACUAGAUCCAAAAUGAACGCUGCUGGGGACCAGUCUGUUUGUGGCAUCAAGGAAUAACAAGUUUGGUAUGACCGAGAGUUCACACGAUAGCACAGACAGUUCUGGGACCUUUUGCUAAUUUAUAUACGUCACUUUCACAACACACUACUAUACCUUUAUUAAGGGCAUCAAGAAAUGCCCUAAUACAGCUUGCCAAUAUCUUUGUCUUUGCUGUGUAUUGGUGAACAUUAGCACGUUGUUGCUACAUUAGCUGAGGUUGUGCUACAAGGGCACAACAGACGAAUACUUCGAAGACCCAGUAAUGAUGAAGGAGUUCAGAUGUCAUGGUGUUUCAGUCAUGUGUUUGGCCUCAUUUGAGUACCUGGGGCUCUGUUGCAAUAUCCAUCACUCGGAGUGAAGCAAUGUAUUGGGCAAGCAUUCUCAGUGGUGUGUGUGUGUGUGUGUGUAGCAUCCGCAGCAGAACGAAUGGUCAACUCUCAAACUGAUGGUUCAUGAAUGUUUAAUGCGCUACCAUUUCCAUAAACACUACCGUAAGAGCUGAUGGAGAAACAAACCAAAAAUGCUCUUACAAUACAGUCCACAAACAAUACACUUUUACACAACUUUACAUUAGCGUGCUUCAUACAUCAAAUGCAUCAAUGUGCAUGAGAAUGUCUACCCCAAAUAGUUGAUUACGUGCUAAUUGCUUGCUAAUGUGGAGCAAGAUGAACUAAUAUAUUAGCCAGCACAAACAGUGAAGCUAGGCUAUAACGUCAUAUUGCUAACAGACUUUAGAACAUCAGUUACAACACAAAUAUCCGUUCAGUAUACGUUCAAAAGAAUUAGAAAGAUUUGAAGUAAGACCGAUAUUGAAAAACAGUAAAUUCCUUGCUCUCUUUCCAGUUAGGUGCUAAGUUUGACGUUGUAUAUUUGGAACAACCUCCUUCACAAAAAGUCAUUUUCCUAUUUCUCCCGUUUCCCAUAUACCAUUUGACCUUAUAUCAAAGAAGUCCAAAAUAAAUCUGCGGUCAAAAUAAGUCACACUUGUAAAAAAAAAAAAAACAAGAGUCCAAAUAUUGAGCAGACAUUGUGAUCUGGCACUCGUUUUUAGGGGUUCAUUUACAGUGUGCUAGAAUGGACAUUGGGACGUAGCUGGAGUUAGUUCAUAUUUAGUUACAUAUUUCUAAAGAGAACAUGUCUACAAGUCUGUGCCUUACUUUAUAUAACGUUAUCCUUUUAUGUACGUUAUCGGAGAUCUACGUCCGUGGAUGUAACACGUACCAAUAAAUGUAGUUAACCAAUGUGGAACGUUGAGAUAUGAGGAAAACUGUGACGUACAGCAUUCCUCUGAUGUGAAAUCGAACACAUGUGCAAACGUGACAUUGUGUAAAUAUUGUAUUGCUGACAUGUAAAUAAGAAAGUGUAUUUCCUAAUGCCUGAUUCUUUCGUUGAAGAUAUUCUCCAGCAACACUGUGAUCUGUUUUAACUUGUUCUUCACCACUUGAAUUCACUGGUGGGAUUUUUAUUUCAUGAUUAUUUACAUGUCUGAAUUAUGAAAGAGAUGAUCUAUGUAUACUCUGACCCCCCUCUGGUGGCAUUUUCUAAACAAUGCAUAAUAUUGUAUACUACCCUCAUAAAGUAAAUUUAGCUUUCAAAACUAUAAGUCCUACAAACUCAUACUUUGUUUCUGACUCCUUAACUUUCUCCUUUCUUAACUUUCUAACAGUACUAUGUGACUACUACAGAUCCCGAGAUGCAGCAGACCCCAAAAACGCUGAAAUUUACCAAAACAAAUUCUUGAGUUGGGGGUCCCCCCAAUUGUCCCCAUGUUGGGAAAUAAGAGAUUUGAAAGGUAUGAUAUAGAAUAUGUCACUAAUAACUGUUAUAAAAUUAAAGAAAAAAAACUUUUACCUAAUGGUGGCACUUUAAACAUGGAAAUUCCCAUUGGAACACAGACACUAAAAGGGCAUGUGCUACAUUCUUACAGGAAUUAUAUACAUGUGACCUACCGGCUCGAUUCAGUCUUAUGUAGAAAAGUUUGAAAUUGUGUUUUUACAUUGGAUAAAAGGAGGGACUCAGAGUUAGAAAAUUGUAUAUCAUACACUACAGUUGAAGAACUAAAAGUUAUUCUGCUUUAAAAGUUGAUAAACUUGUAAUCUCACUUUUGAGAAAAUGACCCGCCUCAGUACUACUAUUAGGGAGCUGUUCUUUGUCUGCACCUAUUCAGCAUCGUUCACACCCUCUUAAAAACAGACAGCUCGAUACAUUCAGCUUGUCAACACAUCUUACAAAAACAAGUAGUGCUGAAGUUAAUCUCUCUUCCACUUUGAGCCAUGAGAGAUUGACAUGCAUAUCAUUAAUGUUAGCUCUCCGUGUACAUUUAAGGGCCAGCCGUGCUUCCCUGUUCAGAGCUGCAAUUUUCCUUGUUAAGGCAGAUCAGUGCUUUAUUAUGGACAGACUUCUCCCCAUCUUAGCUACUGUUGUAUCAAUGUGUUUUGACCAUGACAGUUUACAAUCCAGGAUUACUCCAAGCAGUUUAGUCACCUCCUCAUUAUGAGAUGUAGUUGAGGUUUAGAGUUUAGUGAAUGGUGUCUCAAAUACAAUGCUUUAAGUUUUGUAAAUAUUUAGGGCUAACUUAUGUCGGAUGACAAUAGAAUGUUCAUGAUGUCACCGUGACAACUGUCGAUACAUGUAGUAUAAACCAGCCUUUAGUCUUGAACUCUUUGGUUGUUUAGUACAUGACCUCACAUUUGAAUCCUUAAAGAGAUGGGUGGGACUCGGGCUUAAAAUACUUGCACACAGCUCGGACACCCAUGCAUACCCCACAAGACAUGCCACCAGAGGUCUCUUCACAAGGGAAGGGAGGCACACAGUACGACAUAGAGCCAUGACUACAUGGAACUCAAAUUCCACAUCAAGUAACUGAUGCAAGCAGUACAAUCAUGUAGUAUGUAACAUGUAGUAACCAAAAAAGUGGUAAACAAAUCAAAAUAUAUUUUUUAUUUUUGCACACUCUUGACAUUCUCUCAACCAGCUUCACCUGGAAUGCUUUUCCCACAUAUGCUGAGCACUUGUUUGGCUGCUUUUCCUUCAAUCUGCAGUCCGACUCAUCCCAAACCAUUAUUACUACAUGAUUCCAUAUGGGUUAUUUCAUAGUUUUGAUGUCUUCACUAUUAUUCUACAAUGUAGAAAAUAGUAAAAAUUAAGACAAACCCUUGAAUGAGUAGGUGUUCUAAAACUUUUACCCGGGAGUGUAUAUAUAAAUAUAUGGAUGAGCAAUGACAGAACGACAUAGGCAAGAUGCAAUAGAUUAUAUAAAAUACAGUAUAUACAGACGAGAUGAGUAAUGCGAGAUUACAUUACAUAGAUAUCUUGUCGCUCUCCCUCUUUAAACUCUAGGGGGCAGAUUCUUUCAUGUCCCAAUGGAGAAUUUCCAUUGAAAUGGCUUUAAAAUUCAGGACUAGGCUAUGUCUGUGUCCGGGAAAACUUUCCACAACAGAGGUGUUACAGCAAUGCUGUGUUGGGAAGACUGUUCACCUGGCACCCAGAGAGAGACCCACCACCACAGACCAUGGUGGUCUUGACCUUACCUCCCGACCAGCUACCACGGGAGCAGGUCUUGUGCUCCAGUCCAGCAUGGCCAGGUACAGUCUACGCUUUCAUGAGGACAGGCUACCUCCAGCUAGCAAGGACAUGAUUAACAUCGAUUGUAAGAGCCACACACCCAAAACAUUGAAGAGCUAGAGGAUUUCAUGCAUUUGAUUACGAUUACAAGAGCAGUUACUGAUGUCAAAAUGAAAGCAUUCAGUAAGAUACAGUAGGUAUUCAGAAGAUGAACUACUGCUCGGUUACCACUGGGCGGCAUAUGCUCCCUCCGUUUCAAUGGACACCUCUGCCAAAAAGUCCAUUAUUUACCAGUUCACUUACUGUUACAUUUGCUUUUAUCACUAGCUGUGCGUCCCCGUCCAGUGAUGUUGCAGGGGUCGUCCUGGGGCAGGAUCUGGCCCCGGAGUGAGAAAGAGAACCCAGCUGGACGUUAGCAUUAAACAAAGGGAAAGAAUAGGACUAAAUCCAAUCAAAGUGAAUUUAAAGUGCAUUUAAAAUGUUGCUUCUACAUCUGUGUUGCUUGCUGUUUGGGGUUUUAGGCUGGGUUUCUUUAUAAGCACUUUUUGUGACAUCUGCUGAUGUAAAAAGGGCUUUCUAAAUACGAUUGAUUGAGUUGAUUUAGUCUUAUUCUUUAACUUUUUUGGGGUUGAGAUGGAUGUGUGAAUCCACCAUAUCAAUGAUUUAUUUGCAGACAAACUGGAAUUAAAGACAGAUUAAGCCAGUGGUACAGAUGGAACUAUCCAAUCAGAAGAUACAUCUCCUUCAAUUGUUGAUAUCUGUUUGCGUUGACAACCAAACACAAUUCAAUAUAAAAAUAUAUAUAAACAAUAAAUAGCCUAUUAACUAUUAGAUCUGAUCAUAUUUUCACAAAUGCUGUAAAAAAUCUGUGCAGAAUGUCAAACUACAUCGAUCAAUUGUGCAGAAUGUCAAACUACAUCGAUCAAUUGUGCAGAAUGUCAAACUACAUCGAUCAAUUGUGCAGAAUGUCAAACUACAUCGAUCAAUUGUGCAGAAUGUCAAACUACAUCGAUCAAUUGUGCAGAAUGUCAAACUACAUCGAUCAAUUGUGCAGAAUGUCAAACUACAUUGAUCAAUUGUGCAGAAUGUCAAACUACAUCGAUCAAUUGUGCAGAAUGUCAAACUACAUCGAUCAAUUGUGCAGAAUCUCAAACUACAUUGAUCAAUUGUGCAGAAUGUCAAACUACAUUGAUCAAUUGUGCAGAAUGUCAAACUACAUUGAUCAAUUGUGCAGAAUCUCAAACUACAUUGAUCAAUUGUGCAGAAUGUCAAACUACAUUGAUCAAUUGUGCAGAAUGUCAAACUACAUUGAUCAAUUGCACCAUGUACUUUUUAAGUCAUCUCAAUGUCAAACCAGGUCAUUUGGUUCUGCUA